AAGAAAGGGCGUUGCUUGGAUGGAUCUCUCCUUUCCACUCCCCUUUCUCAGGUCCUGAGCUCUAGACCAAGGCUCCUUGUUUCCCCCCCUUCAUUGCUGCUGCUGCUCUCUUGCAAAACUGGAAUUGGCUGGGAUUAUUAAAAAAAAAAAAAAAAAAAAAAAAUCAGAGGCAGCAGCCGGGAGAGCGAUCAAGUCCACUUUCUUCCACUGCCCUGGGUCUCCUGCUCUCACUCUGUGCUCGUUACAAUCAAGAGCCUCAAGCUGAACCCAGAGCAGUUUUUUCCAUCAUUUCAGUCUCCUUCCCUCCCCCAGCCUCUCUCACAGCCAGAGGAGCGAACUCCUACUCCCCCCUCCCCUCUUUUUUUUUUUUCUUUCUUGCAUGUUUAGGCUGUUGUUGAAAAGCAUCCGAAAAUCCCCCUCCCCAACCAUCCCCUACUCUUCUCUCCUCUCCCCCCACACACAGAGCAAUGGGGGCUUUGCAGAUUGCUGGAUUUUGCAGCCUCUUCUUUCUCCUCCACUCUGGAAACACGCUGGCAAAUAAAGCCAGUCAAGAUAUUGACGAAUGCGUCGAGGGGACCGACAACUGCCACAUUGACGCCCUCUGCCAGAACACCCCCAAGUCCUACAAGUGCAUCUGCAAGUCCGGCUACUCCGGGGACGGGAAGCAUUGCAAAGACGUUGAUGAGUGUGAGCGGGACGAUAACGCUGGCUGCGUCCACGAAUGUGUCAAUAUCCCCGGGAAUUACCGCUGCACCUGCUACGAUGGUUUCCGCCUGGCGCAUGAUGGACACAACUGCCUGGAUCUGGAUGAGUGCUCGGAGGGGAACGGAGGCUGCCAGCAAACCUGUGUCAAUAUGAUGGGCAGCUACGAGUGCCACUGCCGGGACGGCUUCUUCCUGAGUGACAACCAGCACACCUGCAUCCAGCGCCCGGAAGAAGGAAUGAACUGCAUGAACAAGAACCACGGCUGUGCCCACAUCUGCCGAGAGACCCCCAAGGGCGGCAUCGCCUGUGAGUGCCGCCCGGGCUUCGAGCUCACCAAGAACCAGCGGGACUGCAAAUUGACCUGCAACUAUGGAAACGGAGGGUGCCAACACACAUGUGACGACACAGACCAAGGGCCCAAGUGCGGCUGCCAUGUGAAGUUUGUGCUGCAUGCGGAUGGGAAAACGUGCAUAGGGGAGAGGCACUUCCAGCAACACGUUACCCCCCAGACGUUUUCUAAUGAGACCUGUGCCGUGAACAACGGGGGCUGUGACAGCAAGUGCCACGACGCAGCCACGGGGGUGCACUGCAGCUGCCCGAUGGGCUUCAUGCUGCAGCCGGACCGGAAAACCUGCAAAGAUAUCGACGAGUGCCGGCUGAACAACGGUGGCUGCGACCACAUCUGCAGGAACACGGUGGGCAGCUUCGAGUGCAGCUGUAAGAAAGGCUACAAGCUGCUGAUCAACGAAAGGACCUGCCAAGAUAUUGACGAGUGCUCCUUCGACAGGACCUGUGACCACAUCUGCGUCAACACCCCCGGGAGCUUUCAGUGCCUGUGUCACAAAGGCUACACGCUGUACGGACUCGCCCACUGUGGAGACAUCGACGAAUGCAGCAUCAACCGAGGAGGCUGCAAGUUCGGCUGUAUGAACACGGCUGGCAGCUACGAGUGUACCUGUCCUGCCGGCUGCAAACUGCACUGGAACAAAAAGGAUUGCAUAGAGCUGGUGAAAUGCCUGUCAGGCCCCAUGUCUCACCGGGCCAUGCUCACCUGCAACAGGAACGGCAAGAAGGACAGCUGCUCCCUCACCUGCACCUCCAAGGCCCGCUUCCUGCCAGAGUCUGACAGCAGCUACACAGUAAGCUGUGGGACCCCCGUCCUGCGCCAGGGGGGGCCCCAGAGGCCUGGCAACAGCAGUCAUCACUGUGUCGAGACUGUCGCUGCGCCAAUCAAACAAAAGGCUUCCUUCAAGCUCAAGGACGCCAAGUGCCACCUGCACCCCCGUGUGAAAGGGAAACCGGACGAGUCAGGGAAGCACGGGGCCACAGGUGAAGCACACACACGCACACCCGAGCUGCCAUGUGGGGCAGCCCCCUGCUCGGAUUGUCAGGUGACCUUUGUGAACCUCAAGUGUGACUCCUCAAAGAAGGGCAAAGGCCGCCGGGCCCGCAACUCCCCCAACAAGGAGGUGACGCGCAUCACCCUGGAGUUUGAGGCAGAAAUCAAGCCAGAAGAGGUCACAGCCAGCUGCAAUAUCAAUUGCCUGCGGCAGAGGGUGGAGAAGAAGCUGAAGGCGGCGAUCAAGGCCCUGAAGAAGUCCAUAAACCAGGAGCGGUUCCUGAUCCGCUUCGCGGGCCUGGAGUACGAGGUGGCGCGGAAGCUCAGCGUGGCCCCGGAGAGGCAGGAGAGCUGCGGGCCAGGGCAGCAGAGGCUAGGAUCCAAGUGUGUUAGCUGCCUGCAGGGAACGUACUACCAUGGGCAGAUGGAGCAGUGUGUCCCUUGCCCCCCAGGGACCUACCAGGAGAAAGAGGGCCAGCUCUCUUGUGACCUAUGCCCCGGAAGCGAUGCAUACGGCCCGGCCGGGGCAACGAACAUAACCACCUGUGCAGGUCAAUGUCCCCCUGGCCAGUACUCAGUGGACGGCUUCAUACCCUGCCAGCCGUGUCCCCGGGGCACCUACCAGCCCGAAGCCGGGCGAGCUCUGUGCUUUCCUUGCGGCGGGGGCCUGACCACCAAGCACGAGGGCGCCUUCUCCUUCCAGGACUGUGAUACCAAAGUUCAGUGUUCCCCGGGUCAUUACUACAACACGAGCGUCCACCGCUGCAUCCGCUGUGCCGUGGGCACCUACCAGCCCGACUUCCGCCAGAACUACUGCAUCACUUGCCCUGGCAACACUACCACGGACUUCGACGGCUCCACGUCCGUGUCCCAGUGUAAAAACCGCCAGUGCGGAGGGGAGCUGGGAGAGUACACGGGCUACAUCGAGUCUCCCAACUACCCCGGGAACUACCCUGCCAACAUCGAGUGCACCUGGAACAUCAACCCGCCCCCCAAGCGCAAGAUCCUCAUUGUGGUCCCCGAGAUCUUCCUGCCGUCCGAAGACGAGUGUGGAGACGUCUUGGUCAUGCGGAAAAACUCCUCUCCCUCCUCCAUCACCACCUAUGAGACGUGCCAGACGUACGAGCGGCCCAUAGCUUUCACUGCCAGGUCCCGCAAGCUGUGGAUCAACUUCAAAACCAGUGAGGCCAACAGUGCCAGGGGCUUCCAGAUCCCCUACGUCACCUAUGACGAGGAUUAUGAACAGCUGGUAGAGGAUAUCGUCCGGGAUGGCAGGCUGUACGCCUCGGAAAACCAUCAGGAAAUAUUAAAGGACAAGAAGUUGAUGAAGGCUUUCUUCGACGUGCUGGCUCAUCCACAGAACUACUUCAAGUACACGGAGAAACACAAGGAGAUGUUACCACGCUCUUUCAUCAAACUCCUCCGCUCCAAAGUCUCCAGCUUUCUCAGGCCUUACAAAUAGCCCCCAGGCAUUUCCACCCGCCUCAUGGGCCACCCUCCAGCCAAGGAAACUUUUUUUUUGCUCUUAUUUGAUGGUUUGGGUUUUUUUUCCUAAACAGCUUUUUAAACAAACCGAAUUCCCAUCUCUCACUAUGCAGACGACUUUCAACGAUUUUUCCUUGGCUUUCUUCAAACUCAUCUCAGCGCUGACUUUGUCUCCAGCAGGGGUGGUCUAGAAUCUCAAGGCAUCCCAUUCUCUGUUGUUUUGCUACAGAGGUGCAGCCCAUAGAGAUUACCGGUCCCAGAGAGUGAUGCUCCUUCUCAGCCCAAAUGGCCUCUACAUGCAGAGAUAACUGCGACCUGCUCUGUUUUGUAGAACUUAAGGGCAGGCACUCUGGUUGCCCUGUGACCCUUUGGAUGGCCCUUGAUUUCUACACUUCUGUGUGCAAAUCUGUCUCCGUUCCUAGGCGCCAUAAUCACACCUGCAGUCAUCUGCACUCCUGGGAUAGAGUUGGUAAUUUUAGUCCCACAGUGGGGUUUUCUCCAACGCAAAGGAAAGUAGCUGCAGCCAGAUCGGGCUGCAUCUCCAAGAAUGGAGAGCAGAGGAAGCCGGAAUGUGGAAGGUAAUGCCUUAUUUAUCGCAGGGUUGUGGUUUAAAAAAAAAAAAAUACCAACGCAGCUUUGCAGGGGGGAUUGGGAAAAAAAUACAUUUAAAAAAUAUAUUUAAAAAUAAAAAAGACAGAGCUGAAAAGCGUCACAGCAAACGGCGGUUCCAGUGGGCAGGAGAUCUGUAUGACUCCAGGGAGCUGGGUUGGUCUUGCUGCAUUUGAAGAAAGCAUGACCAAGCCACGUUCUUGUAGAACAAUGUCUGGAUGAAUGGGAGGAAAAAGGUAAUUAACGAGAAGCCUUUCAAAUGGAUUCAUUUUCCCCCCAUGGACACUCGUGCCAAGACACCAGACUCUUACAAGCUCUGCCAAAGAGUAACUCGUCAACAGAAGAGCAAAUGAUGUGAAGAGCAGGAGUAAAUGUUUGUGCACUAGGAUAUCGUCCUUUCUACCUUUUUCAUAUGUAUUAAGUGCAAUCAUUUGAGUCUUCUUUAUAUUAUUUAGAGGGAAGUUUUUUCUACUAGAAACUACAAUAUUUAUACCUUCCUGAGAAAUGAGAAUGUGUGUUUGUAACGCAAAAGCAAACCAAGUGACCUGGUGACCUGACAUGAUGAUGUUUUCAGACUUUGGAAGCUUUUCUUCUGGUAUUUGUCCCUUAGAAGGCAAAUCCACUUAAAUUUCCUUUCACUGAAGCUUUUAUUCCCUCCCUGCCCCCAUCAGCUGAAUCUUUGCUCGGUGACUGGAAAGCACAUCAUCUUUUCCCAUCUACAAGUACCUCCCGUGUGGUCAGUUUGUGCUAGGUCUCGGCUCACACAUGCAGUUACCAGUCACACCCUUUCGCUCUGCAGCAUGAAUUCUAGGACUCAAAAUGCUACUCGAAAGGCUCUCAAACUUCAGAUCCUCUCCAUAACCCUCUGUAGCACUGUGGCUGAUCUUGUCGUUGGUAGGUCUCCAGGCAUAAACAGCCUGAGUCUCCUCUCGAUCACCUGUGUAAAUCAGAAAUAACUCCAUUGAAGUUAUGUCAACAUACAAACAGCCGGAGGGGAGGAAUGAGGUUCCAAACACAGAUCACAACCCCAGAAUAGAUCAGAUUCUGUCCACUAGACAAGUGCACCGUGAUGAUAAGACAUGGAAGCUAAGUUGUUCAAUGGAGAUUUCUUUCACGCUCGUUGGCUUUUGUGUCUCAGCUCAUUACUAACUUAGUUUGGUUUGUAAGUGCUGAUCUCUGCAGACUGAGAUGUUGUCUCCUUUGUACAAGUGUUGGUUUAGAUUUUCACAAAGACACCAGCUCGUCGGUUUGUCUCUCCAAGAGUUGGAGAAAGCGGAGCUGAAUAUUGGGCCUGAACCUAAAGGCAAGAUUCCCGUUGACUUUUGCAGGAGUUCUGUGUCAAUUAGGAAUUGCAGAAUGAGGUGCAGAGAAAUUUAGGGCCACCCUGGCCAUGCUCCCACGACUGCCCAACGUUUCUUAGGGCAAUGCUUUAUUAAACAGCUUGGAGAACAAAAUGGCCAAAGCUCCAUCAGACCCUUAGUUAAUUCAGCCUUGAAAAGCCACCAUACCAGUAUGAAGAUUUGGGGGAGAUGAACAAGUCCCCAUUGGCAGCUCUCCUCCUUUCCCCGGGUCUCAGGAUUGCAACCUAGAGGCGAUAUCUGACUCUGUGCUCUCCCUUGCUCCUGGCACCUAGCCCAUUUGCCAUUCUGUCCUCUUCAGCCUAGGAGCUAUACCAGAUCUCUGGAGGGGCUUCAUUAUAGCCCUCCUCUGGCCUUCCAUGGCUGCUUGCCACGCCAUGCAAAAUACGGCCACUCAACAACUCUUCCAUACGGAUCACACACCUGGCUGGAUCUCCAUUCAUAAUCAGACCAUCAGUGUCCAAGGUGUUGCCUAGCUCUGCCUCUCCCAUCUCCUCCUCCCAUGUCUGGCUUCAUGUUCUCCCAACCUCUCACUCCACCACCAUUCCCGCCCAUGUUGUCAGCCUCCACCACACUCACCUUUGUGCCUUCUGCUGGGCAGUCCUCUCUGCCUGGUGACUAUAUCCUGGCCACACCAAAAUUUAUUUUAGAGACCCACGUUUGCCAUUUGGUAAAUCUGGUUGACUUGUGUACAGGUUUCCUAUUUGGUGCACCACUUUGCAGAGUAUCUGUUCCCCUCAGGGCAGGGACAGUCCCUUCUAAAAUACCCAGAAAACGCAUAGCCCUUUGGAGGCACCACAAUUAUUUAUUAUAUAAUACACAGUUAGUGGCUAGAAGGGGCAAGGAGCUGGGUUAUCUCAAGGAGAUAGCCGCUUACAGCCCAUAUUGUCUGGCUAUAUGGCUUUAUUCUAGUGCUUCCUGCAGGCGCUCAGUCUCUGUAUUGUAUUACCCCACUGCUGGGAUUAGCACUAGCUCAAUUCUGUCCCCUUUGGUCUGACUGCAUGUCUCAUAAGGGGGUUGCACUUAUUCAUGCUAUCUGCAUAUUGGGCCCUCCAAGGGUGAGUCCUGGACACGUGGACUGAGAGACCUGCCCCUUCAGAUGUGUGCUGCAGGCACAAGAUCUAUUUUGGGGGUUCAGCGUGCUUGCAGCAAUGAUAACAUGCAGCUGAUUAAAGGGAGCCAAUCAAGCCUAAAGGCCAGAUUUCAGGCAUGAUUUAAAUCCCCAAACAUGAUGUACAUAGUGUUCUUUAAAACCAGGGAGCCUCUUAUAUUUCAAAGUAGGACUGCAGCACUACACCAGUACUGGCAGUACCCACUGUGACAUCACCCAGUCUGGCUUCACUAGCCCUAUAAAGGGAAAACCAGUUUCAGGUGACACAUUGUUUAGGCUCAUUAGACAAGACUGAUAAGAGUGACCUGUGAUCCUGGGUGACUUAUGGGAUGCAUUAAAAGUGCCGAUUCUCCAUGCAGAAUACCCUCCCUCUGAAAACCAGGCUUCGAAGUGACAAGUUGAGCCCUGAUAAAUCACUGGCAUUUCUGAAAUUCUUGGGCCUUUUAAUUUAAGGUCCUGAUCCUGCAACCAUAGUGCCAGUCCUUUGAGAGCAGUCUCAUUGCAGUCUACAGCCUUGCUCCUGCAAUGAUCAUCAGGGCUCAACAAACUGCAGCGAGAGCUACUCGCCAGCCUUGCAGCGCUCAUGCGCCAGACCGGCACUGCACGCAUGAAUGGGGCACACGGAGCAACCGGCUGAGAUCUACUCAUCACGGGUGAGUAGAAACAGCGGUUUGUCGAGCCCUGACGAUCAUAAUAUAUGCUUUGGUGACUAGCCUUCAAUGGAUCUGUUUACUGGUAAGCUAUAGACUUGCAGUAUUUGUAGGCAUGGAUUGGUUGAAGGUUCAGUCCCAUACAGCUGUUGAUUACUAUCACACAUAGCUAUUUCCUCAAUUUCCAUUCUUCUAUGCUAACUACUGUCACUUAUUUCCCAUGGGCAAUAAAUGUAUUUAUUUGCAUUAUGCAGCCAGCUGUUAAAAUGGGCAGAAAAAUAAUUUUGGAGGCCUGAUUUAUGGCAUGUCACUGACUCAUGUUCCCUUCAGUGAACCCUUCUGGGGAUUAUGAAGAUCUUACCAGAUGCUCUGUACACCACUGAACCCUGCUUCAGUUUGUUGUGCUACACCUGGCCUUGCACCAUCUUUUCAAAUAGAAAAGAUUUGAAAGGCUGAAAACUCAAUCACCCACUUUGAGGAACUGAAUGUUUCAAUUGCAGUGAACGUAAGGGUUGGUUUAAAAAAAUUGCAAAUUUAUAUCUGCCUUUUGCAGUGGGCCACAAUUUAGCAUCUCCCACAAAAUGAUUAAGUGAUGAACAAAAGAUGUAGUUCAUAAAGUUAUUUGCACUUGAUUAAAAAACUUGUAUCUGAACUUUGUAAAAAGAAAUGUUUGCAUUUUGUAUUGUCUUUUUAAUUAUUAAAUUGAAUUUCUUGGUGUUGUGCUGAUCUUUUAGAAAUUGGUUCUACUACUUAUUUAAGAUUUCUAAUCAGUGAAAACUGAGAUUGCUUUAUUUCAGAAAUUCUAACACCUAAAUUCCAGUGGCUUUCAGUCAGACCAAAGCACCAAUAACAGCAAACAUGCCUGUAACUUUAUCUCCACGAGGAGCUGCACUGAAACCAGAAGUAAUUCUUCCACUCUUCUGUGCUGAUCAAGCCUCAACUGAAGUACUACAUCCAGUUUUGGGCCCCUCAUUUCAGGAAAGAUGUGAAGAAAUUGGCAGUCCAGAGAAGAACGACAAAAAUGAUUAAAGGUCUAGAAAACCUGACUUAUGGGGGAAGACAAAGAAUGGGGUUUAUUGAGUCUGGAAAAGACAAGACAGAAGGGCUAUAACAACAGCUUUCAAGUUUCUAAGAUUGUUACAAAGGAAAAAAAAUAUCUUCCUUAACACCUCUGAGGCCAGAACAAGAAACAAUGGACUAGAAUUGCAGGAAGGGAUACUUGGAUUGGACAUUAGUUCAGUUAACCACUGAAAUAAACUGGCUAAGGAGGUUGUGGAAUCUUCAUCAUUGGAGAUUUUAAGAGCAGAUUAGGUAAGACCUGUCAGGGAUGUUCUACAUACAUGGUUCUUGGUCCUGCCACAAGUGCAAGGGACUGGAUGACCCGUUGAGAUUCUUUCCAAUCCUACAAUUCCUAUAACAUUCUUCAGCCCACUAUCACCUCAUUUCCCAACUUUUAACCCCCUCUCCAAAAGUCCUCAAAGCCUUAAGUCUUAGCCAGCUUAAACUUUCCUAAGGUGGAAAGAAGUCCUAUAACCAGCAGCUGUGCAUAGGGGCCUACCACCAGGAAGUUAGAACAAGGUGGCGAUCCAGCGGGCUCUUGUUAACCAUUAGUGUUUGCAGAGGCUUCUGGGAGUCAUCUGGGGCCUAUAAAAAUGAGGUGUAGCUUGAUGCAGGGAGUUCAUUUCAGGAAGGCUAUGCUGCUGAAGGGAAAGAAAGCUGGAACUGCAGAGCCCAGCAGUAGUACUACUAAACAGGCCAGACCCUGGGAAAGGCACUUAAUUAGGGCACUGAUGUUUUCUGCAUUUAUUGUCACAGGUGUUGGCAAACUGGCUGCUUUUGGGCCUCUUUUCAUUGUAAAGGAACAAUUAUAACUUGCUGUAUCAAUACAGCCAUUAAAGAGCCAUUUGAAAUCUAAUGACUAGUUUUACAAAAACCAGGUAUUUAAAUAGCUGAAUGUAACCUUACCUCCCCCCAUUGGGUUGAAAGGGAAAA